AUGAUCUAUAAUGUCCAAUUCAAUAAAGAGAAACGUGAAGUACAGUGUGCUUGUCGCCUAUUUGAAUUUCGAGGGAUUCUUUGUAGGCAUGCAUUAUCAGUUUUCAUACUUGAACAAGUGGAAAAUGUGCCAGAAAAUUAUAUUUUAACACAAUGGAGGAAAUAUGUAAGACAACGCCACACCAGCAUCAAGGUUAAUUAUAAUGAUUGGAGUGGAAAUGUGAAAACUCAACGAUUUGAUAGGUUGCAAAAGAAGUUUUAUGAUCUUGUUGAUUGGGCUGUUGAAUCUGAUGAGAAUUGUGCAAUUUUUUGGGAUAUGAUGAAUGAGUUGCAAUUAAGAAAGGAAAAAAAUAAUGAGAAGCAAGAAAGAAGUAAUGAUCAUAAGUCGAAUCCCAUAGGAUCACCUAUUGAUAAUUAUCAUAAGGUAUCUUUAGAUGUAAUUCAUAGUCAUUUAGUUGUACGAAGACAUGGACAACCACCAAAGAAGUGUAAAAUAUCUAGAGCUGAGAAACUUGUUUCUACAAAGAAAAAGGUGCAUGAUAAGAAUGUCAAGACUAAAGGAAAAAAAGUUAAGGUUAUUUCAGCAAAAGAAUGUGUUGGAGAUGAUAUUGAAGAUGGUGUAUCCUCAUUUAUACCACCUAAUAUUGAUAUGCAAGAAACAAUUACUAUGAAGGUUGAAUAA